UACUAACUCAAAAGAAAGAAGAAUUCGGUUCGCUCAUACAGCGUUCCAUCAAACUACCUUUGCUGUUAUAUUUUGACGCUUACAAAAUAAAUUUAUCAGGAACAUUUGUAGUUAAUUUCAAUUUGUCUAUUCGUAAGUGUAUUCCAUCAAAAAUGCCGAAGGCCAAACCAGCCGCUAAAACAAAAGAAACUACCAAGCCCGUUGGGGUUGUGAAAAAGAAAGUUGCCGCCAAAGGCAAGUACCAGAAGCCGGCACCGGUUCCAAACGGUGAGAUUCUCACUGAUGUGAGCAGAGUGCAAUGGAAAAUUGGUCCGUCAAUUGGAUCUGGUGGAUUCGGUGACAUAUAUUCGGCAGCUAAAGUUGGCGACACGAAGGAUUUCAACUAUGUUGUCAAAAUUGAACCACAUGAAAAUGGACCCUUAUUCGUCGAGAUGCAUUUCUAUUCAAGAUCAGCCAAAUUGUCCGAGAUCGAAAAAUACCAGAAGGCCAAAAAUUUGAAAUCCCUCGGAAUGCCACACUAUGUGGGACACGGAUCGCACGAAUUGAACGGUUCGAGACACCGUUUCGUUGUAAUGCCGCGGUACGCUCGAGAUGUUUGGAGCUACUUCAUCGAAAAUGGAAAAAUCCUUCCACAGCCAACGAUAUUCCGCAUCGCUAUACAAAUGUUGGACGUGUUAGAGUAUAUUCAUACGUGUGAAUAUGUCCAUGCCGAUCUGAAAGGUGCAAAUAUCUUACUGGGACAAGGUAAAGCUGGUGCAAGUCAGGCCUAUUUGGUAGAUUUUGGUCUGGCGAGUCAUUACACCACGAAAGACUUCAAACCGGAUCCGAAGAAAAUGCAUAACGGAACGAUUGAGUACACGUCUCGUGAUGCACACAACGGUGUCCCGACCAGACGUGGUGAUCUGGAAAUCCUGGCCUAUAAUAUCAUUCAUUGGUCUGGCACAACACUGCCUUGGGAGGCUGAUGGCUUACUGGCGAAUCCGAAGAAGGUACAGGAAUCGAAAGAAAACUUCAUGGCCAACGUUGUUGAUUCGUUGAAAAAAUGUUUUCCGUCAUGUUCCAGCACAAUCUCAGAUUACGUCAAAUACGUGGCUUCAAUGAAGUACGACGAUAUUCCAGACUACAAUAAAUGUCGACAGAUGUUCGAAGCUGGCUUGAAGAAGCUAGGCGAAAAGAAUUCGGGUGAUUUGAUUUUCACAGUCAAGACCGCAGCCGGCCCAAGUAAGAAAGAAACUGUUAAGCGUUUGACUGCUGGUGAAAAGUCACCAAGAAAGAAGGUGACAAAACAGGCUCGUGCUGUUGUUGAAUCGGAAAGCGAAGAAUCGGAAGUUGAAAACAAAUCACCCGUGAAAGGUCAACGGAAACGCGUUCAGACGGAACCUGCCAAAACUCCUUCGAAAGAUAAACGAGCAAAAAUCUCCAAGACAAACAGUGACGAAAAAACCUCGUCGUCACGAGUCGGAAGCAUAGUUGUGGUCAGCGAUUCGCCAGCCACCGACAAAACUAAAGCGAAAAAGACGAAAACAAUAAACUUGAAUUUGGCCUUGAAUGUGUCCAUCGAUACCGAUAUUAUUGUCAACGUACAGCGCAAACCGAAAGCCGGAAAGUCCGAUUCACAACGGAGUAUACAAGCGAGCGCUACCGUGACAGACGAUGGUGACGACGAAGAUGUCAUUCCAGACAGUAACGAGAAUACUCCAGUUCGGAAAGGGCGAACAAUUAAGACUAAAAAUGGACCAUCUGCGAGAGCUACCAGAAAGAGUCCACGAUAGAUGGCUGUGAAGUUCAGUAAAUACUGUUGUUGUUGUUGCUGUGUGAAUUUACUGUUAACCGAUUAAAGCCGCAACGAUUUCGUUUCUUUUCUA